GGAAAGAAAGAGGCGGCGUGGCUUGGUGGGCCGGGCACACUUAUUUUUGUGUUCUAUUCUUUUUUCUGGAACAUACACACACACACACACAUAUGAUAGAAGAGUUGAUCGCAGUGGAUGCAUCGAAUGCGCCGUUACAUUUCAUUGUUUGCUGGUUUUUUUUUUGGUCAUAAUAAAUAUUUUUUUUGGCGGCAUUAUUUUUACAAUGAACAAAUCUUCAUUGUGUUUGAAUUGUGUCGACAGUGGAAUCAUAAUAACGAUGAUGAUGAUGAUGAUAUUCAUAUGAAACAAAAAUCUUUCAGAUCAAUACAAUCAAAACAAAUGCCAAAAUAUUCUGUUGAAAGUUGACACAAAUACAAAGUUCAGAUUCCAAUCAAAUCAUUGAUCGAUUGUUGUUGAUCAUCAAAAGAAUUCAUAAUUCAUCAAACAUAUCAUCGCCAUCUUAUUAAUUAAGAAAAAAAAAUGUUUUUAACAACAAUCAAUCGAACAAAUGAUUCCAGCUAUCUUGUACAAAGUUAUGGUGUUGCUGGUGGUGGUAAUGAUCGAAUCGAAGAUUGUUCACCAUAUCCACAUCAACAACAGCAAUACAAAUCUUCAACAGCCGGCCUUUGUCAUCUACCAACAACAACAACGGCAACAACAACUGUAGAAUUGGCCAAUGUCAAUCAUCAAAAUCAACAUAAAUUGAUUACCAGUAAAAUGACAUAUUAUGCAUUAAUGGUUAUAUUAAUUACCGGUAUAAUGAUGUUGGUAGUCGUACCACUUGGAAGUACAUUUUUAUUUAUCGAUUAUAAACAACAGCUUGCACAACGGAAAUCCAAUAAAAGCGAUUUUUGCAAAUCUAAAUGUCAAUAUGGUGCUGAAUGUAUAUUGGAUGAAUAUACAAAUCAAGCAUACUGUCGUUGUCCAUUAAGUUGUCCAGAUGAUUAUCAACCUGUUUGUGGUUCAGACGGUACAACAUAUAUUAAUCAAUGUCAUCUAAAAUAUGAAUCAUGUAAUAAACAACAAAACAUACGUAUUGCAUCAAAUGGUACUUGUGAUGCAGCCCUUUGUAAGAAUGUUGUCUGUCAACGUUAUCAACGAUGUCAAGUGGACGAAAAUGGCCAUACUAAAUGUGUUUGUUCAUCACAAUCAUCGGAUGUUUGUUCGAUGAAUAAUAAUCACCAACAACAACCAGUUUGUGGUUCGAAUGGAAAAUUAUAUGAUUCAUUAUGUGAAUUGGAAAAAUAUUCCUGUUUCUAUAAUAUCGAUGUUGUACCGGUCGAUAAGAAUUUCUGUACAAAGACAACGAUAACAGCGACAACAAAGACUAACAAACAAAAGACAAAAUGGUCCGAUUAUUCAAAUAAUAAUGAUGAUGAUGAUGAUGAUGCUAUUUAUUCUACCAUUGAUCGUAAGGAUGGUGGUAUCGUAUGUGGUGAUCAAGUAUGUCAUCAUUAUGCUAAAUGCCAAUAUAUCAAUAGACAACAACAAUCAACAAACACAUCAUUAUCAAGCCUGAGGACAACAACAACAACAACAACAACAAUAGCUACAAUGAAGACGUGUCAAUGUCAGAAUAAUUGUUCAAAUGAAUAUGAUCCAGUUUGUGGUAGUAAUCAUCAGAAUUAUGCAAAUGAAUGUGAAAUGAGAUCGUAUGCUUGCUCUAGGCAAAUCGAUAUUACUGUAUUACAUCAUGGUGUUUGUGGCCAGUGUUAUCCUGAAUGUCAAUAUUAUUCAAAAUGUCAGCUAAAUGAAAAAAAUAUUCCUGAAUGUAUUUGUCCACAAGUUUGUAUUCGUGUUGAUCAGCCUGUUUGUGGAGAUAAUGGCGUAACAUAUGAAAAUGAAUGUGAAUUACGAGUAGCAUCAUGUCGUAUACGGAAACAGAUCAAAAUUCAAUUCAAUUCUAGUUGCGAUUUAUGCCACAACGUUAUUUGUCACUACGGAGCUACUUGUGUGGAUGGUGAAUGUCUAUGCACGGAUAAUUGCCAAAACAAUCUAGUUGAGCCAUUAUGUGCUAAUGAUGGUAAUACAUAUCGUAAUGAAUGUGAAAUGAAUCGAAUGGCUUGUAAUAGCCGUAAAGAAUUGAUUGCAUUAUUCUAUGGACAAUGUGAAGAGACAAAUGAAAAUUAUUUAGAAGAAUUUUCAUCAUUAAUUCAAGAUCGAAUUCAAAUUGAAUCUGAACAUUUAUCAUCAUCAUUGAUAUUGGACAAUACUAAUAUCGAUUGUAACAUGAAUGAAAUGAAUCGAACUUGUCGGUUACAUGAUGAUAUGGAUAGCAACUACAUACACAUUUGUGAUAAUCGAAUAUUUCAAUCCAAAUGCGAUAUGCUACAAUAUGGCUGUCAUGGAUCGAAGCAACAAAUCAAUUGUACCAAACAUUAUUGUCAUUGCCAUAAGAAUGGUAUAGAAAGAUCUAUUACUCAAUUAUGUAAUGAAAAAAAUGGUCAAUGUUCCUGUAGAAAAGGAUUUCAAGGCAUAAAAUGCGAUUCAUGCGCCACGGACUAUUGGAAUGCUGCUGGAACAACAAUCAAUAGUAAAGACAUGGAUUGUAAACCAUGUAAUUGUAAUCCGAUAGGAUCGAUCAAUCAACAAUGUAAUGAUUUCAAAGGAAAAUGUGUUCAUGAUGAUUCAAUAAAAAACAACAUCAAUAAUAAUGGCACUUUUUCAUGUUUGCGUAAUCGAUGCCGAUUUGGAGCAAUUUGCCAAUCGAAUGGUUCCUGUACAUGUAAUUUUAAUUGUAAAUCUAUUCACCAUAAUAAUAAUAAUAAUCAUCGCCAUCAACAACAACAACAACAAUCAAUCUGUGCUUCGGAUGGUUCAAUUCAUAAAUCAAUGUGCCAUUUUCGUCAGUAUAUGUGUAAUUUACAAAAACGUUUACAAAUUAUCAAAAAUUGUCGUGUUCAUUGA